CUGGGCUUUUAUUGGCGGCGGCGAAAAUGGCGCGUGAAGUUGAACGCGGAAGUUGAAUUGCGGCGCUGCAGCGGCAGAAGCAGGAGUUUACGGAAUGAGCUAAAUUGGGCUCAAUGGGAACAGGACUAAUGACUAGUGACACUUCCCCUCGGCUGCCACCAGGGGUCGCCUGCCUCCCGCAGCUUCACUGCCUUCUUCUGUCCUUUAAAUGCUGCAGGAGACUUCACACAAGGCUACAUUGAGUUUGCCAUCUUGCUGGAGCAUGUUCCGAAAAUACUGGAGUCCAUCCUGCGAACUCCAGAGGCUUCAGCUUGUUGCCCAAAGACACUUUGAUAUGUGAAGCGGACGGGUAGGGAAUCGAAACGCCGACCCUCUGAUUGGUGGACGACCCACUCUGACACCUGCGCCACAGCUAUUUUUUUUAAAAAACUGCGUCCGGACAUAAUUGGCAUUCACCUACCAAACACACUCAUUGAACAAGAAUCCAAAUGCAGCGCCUGGCGCUUUUAUUUUGAAGGCGGUGUCGUCUGUCUUCCGGUGGCGCGGCGGGGCCUUGACGCAGCUGUCAGCGGAGACGGAGAGCGCUGUGCGGUCGCAGUAGGGACAACAGACUCGCACACGGACACGCGUGCGCGCGCAGCGAGACGCAGAAAAGGGAAAUCAGAAAUAAAAAUAAUAAUAAUAAUAAUCAUCAUCAUCAUCAUCAGUGUGUUUCCUCCUCAGCGGGCUCAUGGAGAGCGUCCGCACCGGGGGCACGUUGGUCGGACACCUUUCAGCACAGCAGCAGCGCCGUUAGAUGCUUUCCCCAUUCUGGAUUAAUUGGCUGACCCAAUGGAUCCCAAACACGCGCUCCUGUCCAGCGGCGGCUGUGGCCCCGGGGUCGGAGGGGUGAGUGGGGAAGAAGAAGAAGAAGACCCCCGCGCCUCCUCCUCCUCCUCCUCCUCCUCUCCGGCGGCGUGGAGGCGCCUGGAUGCGGGGACCACGACGACGACGGCGGCCGUCUUCCGAACGCCGAGGACCGCGAGGGGGACACGGGCGCCGGAUGGGAGGAUGCUGAUGGUGAUGACGGCCCGGCGGUUCGUGGCGGUCGGCGCGGUGCUGAUGCUGAUGCUGAUGCAGAGCUCCGCUGACGCUGAGGGAGGUCAUCGUGACUCAGAGAGCCGGGCUGUAUCGCCUCCGGACCCCGCAGUGCCCUCCAGCCCCUCAGCCGCCCCUGGAAUUGGAGACGGAGAACAGGAUUCGACGGACGGCGCCAGCGCCGGCGUCGGCCCUGGAGCCUGGUCUGAGGGCAAAAUGUUCGCCGAGGACAGGGCGGCGGUCUGGACAGAAACGGAAGCAGGGGUGCGUCCGGGAGCAGGCGGCAAAGUCUUUGCGGAGACUGGGAUUUUGUCGGGAACCCGAGCCUGGGCUGAAGUCGGGGCUGAGUGGAGGCCCGUGGACGGGGAGGGGGGCGACCUGCCAAACAGGCCCAGGGACCCAGCUGCCUGGCUGGGGGAGCAGGGGCUGCGUGGAGAAGGCCAAAGAGAGCAGGCGGCUUUCUCAUCAGUCCUCACCAUGCUGGCAGAGACAACAGAGCUGCAGGCGCCGGCGGCGGGAAAACCUUUAGGGCUGCUGUCUAAAGCCGCUUGGACCAGAAGCACCUCUUCAUCCUCAUCCAAGGCCUCCUCCUCCUCCUCCACUUCCUCGUCCUCUAAGGCAAAAGCAUCCUCUUUGCCUUCCCUGUCCUCAUCCUCCUCGCCCCCCCCACCCAGUAACAGGAGUCAGACGGCGGGAUCGAACAACGUCUCUCUGGCUGCUGUCAACAGCAGCUCCUCCAACAGCAACAGCAGCCUCAGUUCAGAGGAGUCGGUGAGCAGCCUGCCGGCCUGGGACCUCCCCACCGUCUCCGAGUCGCUCCUGUCCACGGCGGGCGACCACGACGUCACACUUCCCGCCAACGUCACCAGCCCUUUCUCCACGCACCAAUGGAACACCACUGUGCCCGCGCGCGCCGGAAACACCUCACGCCCCACGCCCACGUCGAGCACCGCCAUGGGGACGUCUCCGUCAACCGCCACCGCCACCACGUCAGCUUUGCCGUUACCCACUACGGCGAGCGCGCGGACGCCGCCAGGAUCCACCGUGGCCUCAAACGCCACGAGCCCGGACACUGUGACCGGUGACAGCCUUCAGCUGACGACGGUGACCACGACGACGCCCUCAACGACCGCUCUUACUGUGACUGCCGAUGACGCGGCCGUGCGGGCGGGGACCACUGUGAGUGCUGUGACAUCAGCACCCAAUGUCGCCGCGGCCACAGCAACGCAGCAACCGACGAGCCCCGAUCGGACCACAGCGACUACGGCUCCGCCUACGACAACCACCACAACCACACCUGCCCCAACCACGACCACCACUGUAGCCCCAAACACCACCACCCCCACCACCACCACCACUCCUCCUCCCACCACCACCACCACCACGACUACCACCAACACUACGACUACUACUGCCGCCACCACCACUACUACGACUACUGCAAGUACAACGACAAAGGCACCUGUCGCCACUGUGUUCACGCCGGACCUCGCAACGCCGCCUCCUACCACAACCACAGAACCUCCGUCGAGCACCGCUGCCGAGGAAAGUCCUCUACCGUGCAACGUGACCGAGAAGUAUUGGGUCAGAACAGUUUUGUCCAUGGAGCUGCGCAGGAACCGCCUGGACCUGAUCCUGAAACAGAACCUGUCCAAGGGCCUGAGCCACGCCCUGCAGAGAGCCUUGAACGACUCCGCGGCCUCCGCACAGGUGGAGCACGACGCCUGCAGCCCCCACAACGUGACCCUGGGCUACUACGUGACCAGCGGCAAAACCGUCUUCGUGUCCUCGCUGGUGGUCGAGGCGCUGAACGUCUACGGCUUUGACAAGCUGCUGUCGGACAUCAGGCAGCACACCCCGUCGGUCAAGGCCGUCCUGGUUCCCGUGGCAACCUGGGCGCCCAGGCCGAGCAUUCACCUGCAGCUGAAAACAGUGCUGAGGUUCGUCGGCCCGACCGACAACAUCUACUCCUGCAGUUUUGUCCAGAUGCUGGAGCAGAGGCUGGAGAACGCCUUCGACGAAGCCCAGGACAAAGUGCUGGAGACCUACAACAGGCUCGCCGUGGAGAUCCAGAGUGUGUCCCAGGAGCCGGGCUCUCCGUCCGUCACCCUGGUGUACGUGGUGAAGAAUCAGGAUGCCGUACUCAACGGGACAAUCUCCAGCGGCCUCCUCAACCAGCUGACCGCCGAGCUGGUGGGCUACUUCCUGUUCUACCCGCCGCUGGUCAUCGCCGAGCCCCUUGAAUACCAUAAUCUCAACACGUCGAUGGCAACCAAGAAAUAUUGGGUGAUAACAGUGAUCCAGGAUGUGGACACCUCCUCCCUGGAGGCCAACUACCAGAGCUUCGCCAGCCUGAUGGAGCAGCGUCUGGCCGAGCUCUUCCUGGUGGCCGGCAGGCAGGGCGGCUCUCAGGCGGCCCGGUCCCGGCGCGCCACAACCGUGGGGGGCUACACCGUGCAGAUGGUGAGCAUGCGUCGACUGCCCGGUCCCAAGAACCCCGCGGAGAUGACCUACUACGUCCAGGUGAACGGAGCGCCCGUCACCGGAACCGCCGCCGCCAAGACCCUCAGCAGCCUGGACUCCCAGACCAUGGCUCUGACGCUGGGAUACUUCGUACAAGUGCAGGCUGAACCCGUGGUCAAGACUCCGCCCAGCAACCUGUGGAUCAUGGCCGUGCUCACGCCGCUCUUCCUGUUGAUGGUGGUGAUCGUCAUGGUGGCCUUCAUCCUGUGUAAGAGGAACAGGGUCAUCUUCAAAGGCGGCGCCUUCAGGACCUUCAAAUCUCGCUCCAAGACCUCAUACCGAAGGGAGGGCAGUUACCACCACCAGCCUGUCCAGGGCUUCGACUACGCCAAGAAGCACAUGGGUCGAGCGGGCGAGGAGACCGCGUCGGUGACCAAGGACACGCUGGUGCUGGCGCUGCCCGUGCGUGACGCGCCGCUGUCGAUGUCGCUGGACAAGAAGGUGCACCAGGACGGGACGGCCAGUAAGAGGCCGCCGUCCGCCGACACACACAAAGGAGGACGGUUGCCAAGCGAGGAAGACGGCUCGGUGUCGAGCGGCGGCUCGGGGAAGCUGAACACCAGCAAGACCUCGUCGGCCCGCCGGACGGCGACCGGCAGCAGCACCGCCAAGAACGGCAAGGAGGAGCUGCACAAGAGGAGCGCGAACGACCCGUACGACGACCACUCGGGUUCGCUGCGACUCAUCACCAUCAAGCCCAUGACGGCCCAGCCGACCUACUCCUACCCCUCCUCCUCCUCCCACAGCCAGGACUCGGUGGUCCUCAACGGCGAGGCGAACCACGGCGGGCUGAAGCAGAAGUCGGACAUCGAGCACUACAGGAACAAGCUGCGUCAGAAGGCGCGCAGGAAGGGCUACGGGGAGUUCUCGCUGUCCGAGACCGGCAGCCACGGUUACAGCCACCGCGACGCCCGGCACGGUCGGCACGACAACGGGCUGAAGGAGCCCAUGACGGCGGAGGAGAAGAGGGCCUCCUUCGCGGGAUGUCACAAGAGGUACUCCCACCCCCGGGAGCCCACCUACUGGAGCCGACAGUCCCUGAGCAGCCCGAGUCCGGUGGAGACGGAGAUGGACCUGCUGGUGCUGCGGGAACGGUCCAGACGGGGCAUUCGCAACAACGGCUACGACGGCGAGCCGGAGCCGUUCGCCGAGACCAACGUGGACCGUCUGAUGAGCUCCCUGGGCUACGGAGGCGGCUCCACCGGCACCGGCAGCCUGGGGGUGAAGGCUCACCGCGGCUCCGACUCCUCCACGCUCAGCUCGCAGCCGUCCAUUGACGAGGUCCGCACGCAGAUGCACAUGUUGCUAGGCAACGCCUUCAGCCUGGCGCCUCCGGACCACGCCCCGCCUUCCCCUCCGACUAACAGCAGCAGCGGCGGCCGCCACCAUCACCACCACCACCACGCCCACAGCGCCUACAACCCGUCCCACACCAGCCACUACAGCGACGGGGUGACCAGCGCCCCGGGGACCAUGAACCACCCGUGCGGGGGCCGGCAGAGGAGCGCCGGCUACGAGGACAUCAUCCACCAGUGCAGCCUGCCCAAGCCGGGUUUCCGCUUCACUCAGCUGCCUGACAUGGGCAUCGGUUCCCCCCCGCCGCUGAUCCCCUCGCGACCAGGACCGCCACCUGGGACCUCGCUACGACGCUCCACGCCUGACGUGAGUCUGAAGCCUCGCCUGACCGACGCCUCCGACCUCCAGGCGCAGCAGCACAACGGCGCCCCCUACCUGCCGCUGUCCAGGACGCCCUUCCCCGCCGUGACCGUGGACCAGUCCAUCGCCGGCUACUCAGGAAACCCAAUAACGGCCGUCUACGCGAUAUCGGCCAACCGCCCGGGUUACUCGGACUACUACGUCAUGUCGCCGCCGUCCUCGUACCGCAGCCCGUCCUGGAUGUCCUACCCGCCCGAGCCGGAGGACCUGCCGCGGCAGUGGAACGACACGCCGAACUCACGUCACCUGGAAACCAUCUGCUGAAGUCGUCUCCUCCCUGUGACGAGCGCGGCGACUCUCUGGAAGGAAACAGGACGUCCUCCUCACAGAAGACCCUCCCCUUCCUCCUGUCUCCUCUCUGAUUCUUUCAUCACCAGUGGACCCCCCCCCCCUCUCCUCCUCUCCUCCUCUCCUCCUCUCCUCCUCUCCUCCUCUCCUCACUGGGCCGGGCCUCCGUCCGUCCUCUGAAGCGUUUCUCCUCCUCAUCCAGAGCUGGUCCGUCCCUCAAAGCCCCUCUUCACCUGGUCAGAGGCUCCACGUCAGUCUCCUCACCAGGGCAGAUGCUCAGCCAUAAUUCUCUCUCCCUCUUUCUCUCUCUAUAUAUAUAAAUAUAUAUAUUCUCUCUGCUCCCUGAGCCCCCGGCCUCAGCGGCCCCUCGCCGCGGCCCCUUUAGGCCCCUUGUCACGACUUGUAUACGCGGGCUGCCUCUUCUGUGGCCAACUGCCGGACGCCGCUCGCACUGCGGACGUGAGCGGAACCGAGCCGAGCUGAGCUGAACUGGGCCGCGCUUCCCUGCCUGACAGUGCGGACGAACAGGGUGAGUACAGUACAGUACAGUACAGUACAGUAGAGUGUGACCAGCCCUCUGUCCCAGCGAUCGUCGUCGUCGGGUAACUGCCAUCCAACCCAGCACACGAUGGCACACAGCACUUCUGGACCGGACCGGACCGGAGUGAACUGGGGUCCACUGUAAAGCCAGGAAACGCUGGACUGACUUAAAACUGUGCUUUUUUCUUUCUUUUUCUUUUUGACGAAUCCAAAAUUCCUAUGUAAACCUUCUUCAGCUGGUCAAUGUGUGUAACUUAAAACUUAAGUGAGAAAAAAAAACAACUAAUCUAAUCUAAUAAUUCCUCUCUUGAGCCGUCUCAGUUUCCUUUCUUCGGGAUAUUUAUGUGCUCCUGUCUUUUACUUUUGUGCAUUGAUUAUUGUCAAUGGAUUACUGUACAAACGAAAAAAGAUGUAGUGAGUGUUUUCUCUUUCACUCACCUUGUUUGCAGGCAAAAAAAAAAACUAUCUACGUGUAGAUAAUAUUCUUUGAAGCAGAGAAAAUGCAAACGGCGGCUUAGUUGUCUGUGGCUCUGAUGGACUUCUGUA